CGGAAGCCCUACAAAAUGAUAUCGGAGCCCAGGUGAUGGAACCAACCCAAUCCUCAAAUUGAAAAACUUGCCCAUACUUCCCCUUUUACCUUCACGAAUUUCUGCAAAUAAUUGCUGCGUAAAGUGCGAUAAACCGUAGAUUUUCAUCGACCCCAAGAUUAAUUCGAAUCGAAUCGAUUCGAUUAUUUUUUAUCUUAUUUUAUUUGGGUUUCCCCAGGUCGGCGUGUUCGUAUUCUGUAUUCAGGUUUAAUUCACUUCAAUCUCAAAAUUACUGGCGCUGAGAUUCUCGUGCCGGCGAGGAAUCUCGGAUGGGUUGCGCUGGAUCGCGCGAGAAACCAGAUGAAACACGAAAGAAAAUCCGGAAGCCCAAGCCGUGGAAGCAUUCUGAGCCAAUAACAAGGGAGCAGUUAGUGCGGAUGCGCGAGGAGUUCUGGGACACUGCUCCACACUACGGAGGAAGGAAAGAGAUAUGGGAUGCACUCCGGGCUGCAGCCGAGUCUGAUUUGUCCCUCGCCCAGGCUAUUGUGGAUGGAGCUGGUAUCAUUGUGCAAAAUCCUGAUUUGACAAUCUGCUACGACGAGAGAGGUGCUAAGUAUGAAUUACCCAAGUAUGUAUUGAGCGAGCCUUCGAAUCUGAUUGCGGACAGUUAGAAUGCUAUGUAUAUUGUGUACAUUACUCUCAGUGUCGUUUUAUUACCGAAAUUAUACUUUCCACUUAUAAUUUGCCUUGUUCGCUGUAUGCCGAAUAUAUGCAUAUAUAUAUAUACACAUGCUUACUGGUGUUUUGUGUCA